UCCCCUAGAAACAAUAGUCCACUGAGUGUUUAUUAACAUCUCAAUUACUGAAUAUUUCGAGCAACACGCGACGGCCAAACUAUCGCAGAAUAUAUCAAAUUAAAACGAGUGAAUAUAUGAAUGUGUAAUAAGACAACAGGUCGGGUUUAAACAAAAAAUAAUAAAUAAGAUCCGGUUGCAGGGACAGGAAGCAAGGAGAUACUCAUGGCGCCCGACUAGAAAGAGGCAACAAUUAUCGGUUAGUAAUUUGUGUCGUGUUUGGCGCCUCUGCAGCGGAGGACACCGAUCUGCGCGAAACCCCACGGUAAGGAAAAAGCGUGGAGAUCGAGGUGGCGGGCGGAGAGAAGGUUUUCAUUUUCUUCAGGGAGAGAACCCGGACGGUCUGCGGCGGCUCAGGCCCUCGAGGUCCCCAGUAGAGCUCUCUGAAUGCCUGAGUGGAAAAGCGGCUGCCUGGCGGAAAAUGGCGACGCGGUGCAGGCAGGGUUACGGGCAGCUAGGCCCGUUUUAAAAACUCGGCUAGCGCACGUCACUCCCGAGGCUGUUUCAGCCGAUGUGUCGAACAGUUCACAUCUGUGACGCAGCUUUCCACUCACAGUUCAUUCAGACGUUCAGACCCUCCUGGCUCGAGGGGCAAAUGUCGUGCGAGUGUUUUAAAGCCUCGCAGAACACGACAGAGGCAGGAAAACAAAGCAGGUCUGCCAGCUACGUGCUAGCGUUAGCUGCCCUGCUGCACUGGGAGCUAACGCUAGUGUCCGAUGACAUUGGGGCUCUGAGGCACAAAGAUGUCGUUUUUCCGUGUACAAUCGCGGAUAGUUAUGGAUUCGGAGGAGAAUGAGGUGGAGAGCAGCAGUGAUGCAGGCCCCUCGGGGAUGGAGGAGCCAUCCGAAAGCGGCAUGGGGGUGGAGUCAUCAGAGGCCAUGUCUGCAGACAGCAGUGAUGCUGCUGCCUCUCAUACACAGGCCCCAGAGUCAGACUGCCAUGUGGGACAGAGCUCAGAGGGACUUGUGGUGUUCAUCCCAGAAACCAGCUCCAGUACAGAUGUCCGAGUUUCAUCAGUCCACCUCCCCGACUCCUCCUCAGUGGCCCAGUCCACCAGCGUGUCCAGUGUCUCCACGGUGACUCAGUCAGUGCUGGUGUCUGGGUCAGCCCAAGUGCUGGUCCACUCCAGCGCUGUGUCUGAAGGAGCCAUGAUGGUUUCUGACUCAACUGCUUCUACCUCGUCAGACCUGGGGUCUGCCAUUGACAAAAUCAUAGAGUCCACCAUUGGGCCUGACAUUAUGAAUGGUUGUAUAUCUGUGACCAGUGCAGAAGAUGGGGCUGCAGAAACAACCCAGUAUCUGAUAUUACAAGGACCAGAUGACGGUGCUCCCAUGGUAGCUCAUAUGUCAUCUUCAGCCAUGUCCAAUCGUAUAGCCAUAGAAGCUCUCGCUGAAGGUCCCACAUCCACCUGUCUGGACCAGGGGGACCUGCAGGGCAACCUUGACCAGCCCGAUGAUCAGCCUGGACACUCGGGUUACCCAGAGGACAGCAGCAGUCAGCCUGACCAGCCCCAGCACUCCCACCCCUCCCAGUACAUGGACUGCAGUGCAGAUGGCCCAGACCAGACAGGGGAGUCCUCAUCUUCCUAUGUAGAGUGUUCUGGCGAGGAACCUGACCAGACACGCUCCCAUUCAGGCUUCCCUGACUACAGUGGGGAUAACAGUGACCAGGACCUGCCUGGAUACGUGGAAUGCAGCGGAGCUGACUCGAAUGCUACCAGCCAAGGUCACUAUGUGGUAGAGUGCAGCGCUGGGUAUCUUGAGUGUACAGUGGACGAUGGACAGCAGGCUCAUCAUUCACGCAGUUACAUUGACAGUAGUGCAGACCACCGCUCCCUGGUAAGUCGGCAGUAUGUGACGGAGUAUGGCGGAGAAUGUAUUGCAGCUGCAGACUCUGAGCAGCCGGGUUGUUCUCAGUACCAAGCUGGGGAUGAUGAUGAAGAUGACGAGCAGAACCAGGAACCGGAUCAGCCACAGCACUCCCGACAGCAGCCGCAACACUCCUGUUACAUGGAGAGCAGCAAUGGCCCCGAGGCCUCGCUCUAUGCCGAUGACAGCUCUUCAUCAGACCACCCUCUGGCAGACACAGCGGGCUCAGGCGGGCUUCCUGAGGCCCUGGAGAGCAGUGAGAGCCAGUCUGGGCCCUAUAUCAGCAGCAGUGGGACGUAUACCUCAAAUACAGAGCCUGAGCUGGCUCAACAGUGCUCACCCAGCCAAGAGGAGCCGCAGGGCUCCCAGGGGCCUCAGAUUGAAGCUGAGCUGGUCAGGGAGAUGGAGACAUCAACAGUAGCAGAAGUCCCAGGGGACAGAGCACCAAACCUUGCUGAGCUGGAGGAGAUGAUGGAAGUAGUGAUUGUACAGCAGUUCAAGUGUAAGAUGUGUCCAUACAAGAGUGCUUCCAAAGACACACUCAUUAACCACAUGAGAGACAAACACUUUAAACCUGCAGGGAACGUGCCAAAGAAACGUAAACGUGGACGACCUCCUAAAAGUGAGACGUUGGCCCGUCGUCAGGCAGAGAGGGAGGAAGCUGAGGAACGAAAGGCAGCAAAGGUGAAGGCUGCGGAGCCUCACCAGGCAGAGGAAGAAGAGGAUGAUGUUGUGGAUUCUGGUGCUAUUGACGAUCCUGAAGAGGAUAGUGACUACAGCCCAACAGAGGAGGACUGCAAAGAAAGACCUCCUGCCAUACUGAAAAAGCCCACUCCCCCUAUUUCCUCCUCCUCUUACGGUCGUCCUCGACGUAAGGUUGGUCGUCCGAGGAAGUACAGCUCUUUAGAAGACGGCUACAACGGCAAAGAAUCGGAAAGUAUUGCUAAGAAGCCCAGGGUUAGCGCUGAUGCUAGUGUUCCUGAAGAGGCGAGCUCUUCCGGGUUAGGCAGCGGUUCUGCUAUCGCGAUUGAUGGGGACACUGCUGAGGCCACAAUAAGCCAAUCUGACUCUGAGAACAAAGACCCUUCAUCCAACUCUCAGCCAGAGGAGGAGUUCUUCCAGAGGAAACGGGGCCGACCCUCCAAGCGCUUCCUUCGCAAGAAAUAUAAGAAGUACCUAAAUCGAAAUCGUUACUAUAAAUCCCUCAAACCUCUCCUGAGACCUCACAACUGCUGGAUCUGUGGCUCGCGCUUCCUCACUCAGGAAGAUUUGCGUUUCCAUGUGGAUUCGCACGAGGGCAAUGACCCAGAGCUGUUUAAGUGUCUCCAGUGCAACUAUCGCUGCAAGCGCUGGUCCUCACUCAAGGAACACAUGUUUAAUCAUGAGGGUAUCAAGCCUUUCAAGUGUGAGGAGUGUGAUUACACAAGUGUCUACAGGAAAGAUGUACUUCGCCACUCAGCAGUCCAUAACAAAGAGAAGAAGAGAAGGACAGAGUUGGUGCCAAAGGUGUCCGAGUUCCCCUGCCCUGUGUGUCACAGAGUUUAUCCCAUGCAAAAGAGAUUGACCCAGCAUAUGAAAACCCACUGCGCAGAGAAACCACACAUGUGUGACAAGUGCGGCAAAUCUUUCAAGAAGAGGUACACAUUCAAAAUGCACCUACUGACCCACAUCCAGAGUCUUGGAGACAGCAAGUUCAAGUGUGAGUUUUGCGACUACAGUUGUGACAACAAGAAGCUGCUGCUCAACCAUCAGCUGUCCCACACCAACGACAGGCCCUUCAAGUGUGACUACUGUAAAUACACCUCUUCUAAAGAGGAGUUCCUGGUCUCCCAUCUAGCCAUCAAACACACAGGAGAGAAGCCUUUCUCCUGCGAUAUGUGUCACUUCACGACCAAGCAUAGGAAGAACCUGCGUCUACAUGUUCAGUGUCGCCAUCCUGAGGCGUUUGAGGAGUGGUCUUCGGCUCACCCUGAGGAGCCUGUGAGGAGACGACGCAGACCCUUCUUCACCCUCCAGCAGAUAGAGGAUCUCAAACAACAAAAUGACGACACACAGGGUUUACAGAGCACUAUUGUUGCAGUGGAUUCCGCGACACUACAAGCCAUGCAGGGUAUUGAAAAUGCCUCCGUGUCCCAGGAUGCAAUGGGAAACACCACCAUUAUUUAUGAACAAGCUGAAUCCAGUGAACUAUCCGCCCAGAAUGCCCUUGACCUGCUGCUGAACAUGAGCAACGCACGUGAACUGGCUGGAAACUCCUUACAGGUGGCUGUGCUCAAGGCAGAAGGUAAAGCUUUGGAGAAGGGCACUUGGAGCACAGUGACCACAGAACCGGGCCAGACCCAAAAGGUCAUGACCUUCCAUGUGUCUGAGAACGGUGACACGGUGCUACAGGAGGCCUACGACGCCACCCCCUCUGAAACAGCAGAGCUCACCCAGAUCGCAAUAGAAGCCUACGAAAGCGUUGGCGAAUUCAAUGUGGUGGAGCAGGCUGCUGAAGAAAUCCACAGCCCUGGAUACAGUAAUGAUGAGAGCAGUCCAUCGCAGACUUUAGAUGUCUCUGGAUCAGAGAGCAUAAAAAGUGAAAAGUUCUAUCUCACUUCAUCGUUGCCCGAUGGCGUGUUGCAACAAGUAGAGCUAAGCAGUGAAGCUCCAUCCUCUCCCUCUGCGGUGGGCUCUCCCAAUUUCGGCUCCAAGAGGUUCUCCUGCCGAAUCUGUAUGGAGUCUUUCCAUGGACGCUCUGACAUGGAGAACCACAAGAGGGCGCACAUAGAUCCCAACACGUUCAAGUGUCCUGACUGUGACUUCACUUCCUCCUCCUGGCCUGAGGUUAAGGAUCACAUGGAGCUGCACUCCUACUUACGUCCCCACAAGUGUCCAAACUGCAGCUUUGCCUCCAAGAACAAGAAGGACCUGCGUCGACACACGAUGACCCACACCAACGAGAAACCCUUUUUUUGCAAACUCUGCGGGCAAAGGUUUAACCGUAAUGGCCAUCUGAAGUUUCACAUGGAGCGUCUCCACAGUCAGGAUCAUCCUACUCGCAAGACACGUAGCGACUCAUCUCAGCACACCAUCAUAGUCAACAGUGACGAGGAGGCUUUAGCCACGCUGCAGUCCCUGCAGGCACAUCAGACUGUCAUUACUCCAGAGCGGCUGCAGGCCUUGGGACAGGAGCACAUCAUUGUAGCUCAAGAACAGACGCUGUCAGACCAGGAGGAGGGCACAUACAUUCAGCAGAUAACCACCAUAGAUGGACAGACAGUUCAGCACCUGAUGACAGGAGACAACCAGGUGACAGAGGUCCAGUACAUCAUCUCACAAGAUGGAGUUCCGCAUUUGAUCCCUCAGGAGUAUGUAGUAGUAGCUGACGGUAACCACAUACAGAUGCCAGAUGGACAGAUCAUCCAGUAUGAGCACGAUGGGACCUUUCUGCAGGAGCAGCAGAUCGCCGUGAGUCAUGACGGUCAGAUCCAGUAUCUGCCCAUCAGCUCGGAGCAACAGAUAGUGAAUCCUGAAGACCUGGAGGCCGCGGCCCAAUCUGCUGUCACAGCAGUAGCAGAGGCAGCGAUGGCGCAGACUCAGACGGUCUACACUGAAGCUACACCUGAACAGCUGGAACAGCUGCAGCAGCAGGGCAUCCACUAUGAUGUCAUCACCUUCACUGAUGAAUAGACGGCUUCUUAAAACUACUUGGACUCAAACCUGCGUCGCCCAGGACCAAUACAAACCACUAUGAGCUGACAAGUACCGUGCAGUGACCUCAACUUAUUUAUGCAUUCAGCUGGCUGUGAACUAAAGCAUCGUGUCCUCCACGGUAUCAUCUGCUCGGGGGUGUUUGCACUGUUUAGUAAGAUCAACAGCUUUUUGUAAAUUCAGAUUAUUGCACCCAGCGCUUCUAACUUAAUCAUAGGGGCUGUGCAUUUAGAAGCGGGAUUGUAAUUAUUAAAAUGUAUUUGUGUUUAUGUGCCUCAACUGCUUCGAUUUGCAAGACAAUGUUAUCAAAGAAAAUGAAACGGCUUAUAUCGUGUGUUUGGAAAUAUACAGAGUAUCCAAAUGAACAUUUUAGUUUUCAGAUGGAGUAAAUGGAAAGGGGAGCGUUUAUUUUUGAUCUGUAAUAAGACAUGUUGAUUGCUAGAAUGCCACAACCUCAUGUUUACUGAAUAUGAACAUGUACAUACCUUUUACAUUUGUCUUUUGUUCUGUAAAGAGCGAUUUGUUUUGGAUUAGUGAAUAUGAAGUGUUUAAUAAGCUAAAAGCUGACACCAAAUAAAUCACUUUGUGUAUAUUCUCUGUA